GUUCACGUGAGGCCCGGAUAUCAGGAGCAGUUUGAGGCAAACCCGGAGCGAUAUAAGGGUCGGAAUAUAACAUAUUUCGAUCGCAUAGAGCAGGCGUUCACGUACUCCGAAGAGUUAGAAAAUUCGUUAAUAUUUAUUCAUACGGGAACUUAUAAGCCAGACUACCUCAUCAUUGACUCCAGUGUCGCACUCAUCGGGGCCGCUGCGGGAAAUAUAACCGAAAACGUGAUUCUCGAGAAAGACAACGAGUCGACCAUCACUUUCGUCGACGGCUCAAGAGAUGCUUAUUUGGGUUACGUGUCACUCAAGUUCUCUCCGGACGUGACCUCUUCAGUGCCACAUCACAAACACUACUGCCUUGAAAUCAGUGACAACUGCUCGCCAACUAUCGACCACUGCGUCAUCCGCAGCACAUCCAUAGUGGGUGCGGCCGUGUGUGUGACGGGUCAGGGCGCUGAGCCAGUCAUCCGCAACUGUGACAUCAGUGACUGCGAGAACGUAGGCCUGUAUGUGACGGACUCCGCGCAAGGGAUCUACGAGGAGAAUGAGAUCAGUCGUAACGCUUUGGCCGGCGUUUGGGUGAAGAAUCACGCGAACCCUAUAAUGAGACGCAAUCACAUACACCACGGCAGGGAUGUCGGGGUCUUCACGUUCGACAACGGGAUGGGAUAUUUCGAGGCCAACGAUAUCCACAACAAUAGGAUCGCCGGUUUCGAGGUGAAGGCGGGUGCGAACCCAACGGUCGUGAGGUGUGAGAUACAUCACGGCCAGACUGGGGGCAUAUACGUGCACGAGUCAGGGCGCGGGCAGUUCAUUGAGAACAGAAUCCAUUCCAACAAUUUUGCCGGCGUUUGGAUCACAUCGCAGAGUAAUCCCACGAUUAGACGCAAUGAGAUCUAUAACGGCCAUCAGGGAGGGGUCUAUAUAUUUGGUGAGGGAAGGGGUCUGAUAGAGCACAACAAUAUCUAUGGCAACGCGUUGGCCGGCAUACAGAUCCGGACGGCGAGCGACCCGAUCGUGCGCUACAAUAAGAUACAUCACGGCCAACACGGAGGCAUUUACGUGCACGAGAAGGGCCAGGGACUCAUCGAGGAGAACGAGGUCUACGCCAACACGUUGGCCGGCGUCUGGAUCACGACCGGCAGUACACCAGUGCUCAGACGUAAUCGCAUCCACUCUGGCAAACAAGUGGGCGUUUACUUCUACGACAACGGACACGGAAGGCUCGAGGAGAACGAUAUCUUCAACCACUUGUAUUCGGGCGUUCAGAUCAGGACCGGUAGUAAUCCAGUGAUCCGGAGGAAUAAGAUAUGGGGCGGACAGAACGGCGGGGUUCUCGUCUACAACGGGGGCCUCGGAAUGUUGGAACAGAACGAGAUCUUUGACAACGCGAUGGCCGGCGUCUGGAUUAAGACCGAUAGUAAUCCGACGCUCAGGAGGAAUAAGAUAUAUGAUGGACGCGAUGGAGGCGUUUGUAUAUUCAAUGGCGGGAAAGGGGUUCUCGAAGAGAACGAUAUCUUUCGCAACGCUCAGGCGGGGGUUCUUAUAAGCACUCAAAGUCAUCCGGUUCUCCGGCGGAACCGUAUAUUCGAUGGUUUGGCGGCCGGAGUGGAGAUCACGAACAACGCGACCGCGACUCUAGAGUUCAAUCAAAUAUUUAACAACCGUUUCGGUGGUCUGUGUUUGGCGUCUGGGGUUCAGCCCAUUCUCAAAGGGAAUAAAAUAUAUGAUAAUCACAACGCCGUCGAAAAGGCCGUUAACAGCGGUCAGUGCCUCUACAAGAUCUCCAGUUACACCAGUUUUCCUAUGCAUGACUUCUACAGGUGUCGCACGUGUAAUACGACCGAUCGGAACGCAAUUUGUGUGAAUUGUAUUAAAACAUGUCAUUCCGGCCACGACGUCGAGUUCAUUAGACACGACAGGUUUUUCUGUGAUUGUGGAGCGGGAACUCUGAGCAAUCAGUGCCAACUGCAGGGAGAGCCUACUCAAGACACGGACACUCUAUACGACUCGGCGGCGCCCAUGGAGUCGCACACACUUAUGGUUAACUGACAACCAAUGGAUGACUUAUGAAAAUCUUUGGUCUAAUUUAACCGAUUUUUAGGCAAAUUUCUUGGAAUCAAUUGAAAACCUUUUGGUUAUAUUUAGGAAAAAAUCAUAUCUUUUUAAUCGAUGGCUUAACUGAUAUUUUUAGUCCAAUUAUUGCCAAAAAAUGUGAAAGAAGUGCAGAACUGCUUAAUUUUGAACAUUUUAUAGUGAAGUGAACGCCAAUUUUGAUUAGAAUAGAC